AUGACCGACAAACUCCCCCCCAACCUCCUCGCGCUCUUCGCACCCCGCCCCGCCCUCCGCUACCUACCCCCCUCCGACCACGCUCCCGAAGAGCGCCACACGAACAAGAUCGGCGGCGUCGGCCAGUUCCUCGACGCGCUCAACGAGUACAAGGAGACGGACGACUACCAGCCGACCGAGUCCUGGCUGCAGAAGCGCGACCGGGUCAAGCUCGAGAAGAAGGAGAAGCAGGAGCACCUGCUGACGGAGGGAAUCAAGGACUAUAAACCGGCGGAGGACCCGCAGGUUCGGGGCGAUGCGUUCAAGACGCUGUUUGUGGCGCGCUUGGGGUAUGAUGUUGAGCAAAAGGACUUGGAGAGGGAGUUCGGGCGGUUUGGACCUAUUGAGAGGAUACGAAUCGUAACAGAAACGCACGCGGAUGAGAAGAAGAAGUCCAGCAAGAAGAAGCACAUGGGCUACGCGUUCAUCGUGUACGAGCGCGAGAAGGACAUGAAGGCCGCCUACAAAGAAACCGACGGCAUUCGCAUAAAAGACCGCCGCGUUCUCGUCGACGUCGAACGCGGCCGCACCGUAUCCGGCUGGCGCCCCCGUCGUUUCGGAGGCGGCCUAGGCGGGCGGGGCUACACCAAAGCCAUGCCCGCGCGACCCUUGGGUCCUGGAUUUGGCCCUCCCGCUGGCCCUGGCGGCUUCCAACGUGGUGGCUUCGGCGGUGGUUUCCGCGGCGGCUUUAGGGGAGGAAGAGGUGGCUUUGGCGACAGAGGGGGGUUUGGCGACCGCGGGGGCUUCAGAGGCGGCUUUGGAGGCGACAGAGGUGGGUAUGGUGGGGGCGGAAGAGGCGGCAUCGGAUACCAGAGCAAUGGAUUCGGCAGCGGCGCACCACCUGAGGGCGCCCCAUCUGGCCCGCGUGGAGGCAGAGGAGGUGGGUUUGGUGGUGGAGGCGGCUAUGGCGGUCGUCCACCUUUCAACGGCCCUGGAUCAGAUGCUCCCAACGGCGGUGGGUAUGGUGGAGGCAGCGGCAGAUCCGACGAUAGAGGCCGCGGAGAUAGAUUCGGCAGCGGCAGCAACAGGGAUCCAGUCGGCAAGCGCGAACCGGGCGGCGGCGGCUAUAGAGAUCGAGAUCGCGACGGUGGGUACGGUGGCGGCCGGGACGACUACUCCAGAAAGCGAACGUACGAAGGAGGCGAUGGUGGUUACGAGGACCCGAGGAGCAAACGAAGGUACUAG